AUGCAAUAUGCAGUUAGAUGCCUGACUUAUCCCGCCAAACGAGCGUCAUCGACGCAAAGGAUCUCCUCGGACACAGACCUUAUAGACGGCGCGCUGGAUGCGUCAGACUCGAGCCUGAACGCCAAGAAUGGCAAAAUCACCUGUAUCUAUUUUGACAAAUCCGGCCGCUUCAACGCCGAGCACAGGCAACUCACCAAGGCCGAGAUUGGAGAGCAGUUCGAACUCCGUCACCGAGACCUCCGGGACAUUGACCUCAAAUCCGAGGCGGUGACACGCAUCUUGGUCAGGCCAACCACCAUCCUGCUGCAAUUCUUCCAGCUGUGCAUGAUCAUCCAGGCGGACGAGGCACUCCUGAUCUACAAUCAGCCGCAAACCAGCGGUGACAGCGACAACGACGACAGUAACGGCGCUGAUGACUCCUCUCCGCGGAAAGACGACAGUGAGUUCUACCACGAAUUCGAAAAGCGCAUGUCGGGCCCGACCAUCGAGACGGCCGACGUGCCGGAACUGCCGUACGAGCUGCGCGCCGUAGAGGCGGCGCUGGUGGCGGUGCUCUCGGUGCUGCGACGGGACCUCAUCGACGCGCGGCACAAGGCAGAAGAAUCGGCGGCGAGCCUGCGACUCGACUCGGGCCUGGCGGCGGUGGGGCUGAACCUGGUCUUCGACCGGACACGGCGGCUGAGCAAGAUCGAGCAGAAGGCGCGGCUGGUGCGGGACACGAUCCGCGAGGUGCUGGACACGGACGAGGACCUGGCGGGCAUGUACCUCUCGGACCGGGUGGCGGGGCGGCCGCACGCGACGGCCGACCACCAGGAGGCCGAGUACAUGCUGGAGGCGUACCACAAGGCGGCCGACACGCUGGUCGAGUCUGCGCAGGCGGCCGUCGACGUCCUGCGCAGGAAGGAGAACACGUUCCGCUCGUCGCUGGCCGUCCAGCGCAACCAGAUCAUGUUCCUCGAGGCCCGCAUCGCCAUCCACACCCUCGGCCUCGCCGCCGGCACCAUGGCCGCCGGCCUCUUCGGCAUGAACCUCCUCAACUACCUCGAGGACGCGCCCCAAGGCUUCUUCUACGUCACGGGCGCCUGCGUCGUCCUCAGCGCCCUGUUCUCCAUGCACGGCAUGCGGAGCCUGAGGAGGAUCCAGACCCUCAAGGGCAUCCAGCGGUCUAGGGCUGGAGGACGCCGGAUUUAG